GCUCCUGGACACAUGAACGUCUGACAGAUCAAUGUUUAGCAUCAUAAACCCAUCAGCUGUGAUGAGAUGACUUCAGUUUCAUGUUCUGAAGCUUCAGAUGUAAAUGUUGUGAUGAUGUGAAGAACCUGCCUUCAGACUGACAACAGAACAUGAGACAGACGGGAUGGAGAAGGUUCUGCUGGUUCUGCUGGUUCUGCUGGUUCUGCACGCUGCGUCAGAGGCUCAGAUCAGGAUCGUCGGCCCCAGCAGCUGCUCUGGGAGGGUGGAGGUGUAUUAUUCAGGGCAAUGGGGSACAGUCUGUGAUGACGGCUGGGACAUGAAGGCUGCUUCUGUGGUCUGCAGACAGAUAAACUGUGGCCCACCGUUCAGUGCUCCAAGCCUGGCCUUCUUUGGUCCAGGAUCUGGGUACAUCUUGCUCGAUGACAUCAGCUGCUCAGGGACUGAAGUGACUCUGGACAGCUGUUUUCACAAUCCAUACGGGAUUCACAACUGUGUCCACGGUGAAGACGCUGGAGUUGUGUGUGAAGAUGUUCAGGUCCGACUCUCUGGACCCACCAACUGCUCAGGAACAGUAGAGGUCUACUACGCUGGGACCUGGGGAACAAUCUGCAGUACCAGCUGGGACUACAAUGAUGCUAAGGUGGUCUGUAGAGAGGUGGGCUGUGACCUGGCUCUUGAUGCCCCSACCAUGGCCUUCUUCGGUGAAGGAACCGGACCGGUGUGGCUGAAUUAUAUGCGCUGUUACGGGAGUGAGAACAACCUGUAUAAUUGUUACAGCAGUGGGUUUGGAYAUCAAGCCUGUCUACAUAUUCAAGACGCUGGUGCUGUUUGUGAACCUCUGAAGGUCCGACUCGCUGGACCCACUAACUGCUCWGGAAGAGUGGAGGUCUACUACGGUGGGSUCUGGGGGACCGUCUGUGAUSAAGGCUUUGACAUGAACGAUGCUGCGGUGGUCUGCAGAGAGGUGGGCUGUAKGGAAGCUUAUGGGGUCCGUACUCAGGCUUACUUUGGUCCAGGAACUGGAUCCAUCUGGCUUUCUGAUGUGGGCUGUWCAGGCAGUGAGAAGAACCUGUCAGACUGUUCCCACAGUGGGUUUGGACUCAAUCACUGUGCUCACAGUGACGAUGUUGGAGUUUACUGUGAAGCCACUUAUAAGAAAGUUGUGAAACUGAAGGUUGUGUCGGACCCUGCUUCAGAUYUGAGUGGACCUGCUGCUCAGGAAGACUUCCUAAAACAGCUGAAACAGAAUCUGAAGGACCAGGGAGUGACGGCAGAUGUUCAAGUGAAAUGGAUGAAGAAGUUAGAUGAAGAAAUUUUCCACAAGGAAAAGGAGCUGUAAUAAAGGAGAAACAACCUUCUUAAAMUACUUUUUAUUAAUUAUUGUUUUUACGUGUGUGUGUGUGUGGUUUUAGGAUACAAUCACAUACAGGUUGUUAAGAAAUUUUAAAUCACAUCUUAUUACUUCUCUGUUCUAAAUGUUUGCCUGCAUCAUGUAGCACAGAUAUGAGAGAAAACACUGAAAACAUUUCAAUAAAAGUAUGGUUAAUUUAAAAACAGUGUGAUAAACCUUGGUAGCAGUAGAAAUAUACACAAACAUAAUUCACUGUAAUGUAAGGGGGAGAGGGUUAGACAUUUUUUAAAACAUUUUUAAUUUUCAGGGUUGUGUAUUUAAUCCAACAUGUAGCUAAAUGAAAACUGAGGCAUAAAUAAUUGAUUUCAGUCAGAAAUGCACUUCAGCUCAACUCUGCUCCACUAAUAAUAUAUAUAAGAAUCAGUAUCAGUUUAUUAGUCAUUGUACUGAACACAAUGAAAUACAUUUCACUACAACUCAUCCAAGAGAGA